AGGAUUAACAGCCAAAUAAUUUGCCAUUCCCGUACGACACUGUGAAUGAUGAAGUCGUCGCCUUCCUCUUCUGUAUAAUCCGAUCCAGAUCUCAAAUCCUCUCUUCUUCUACCGAUCUGGAUCCCGAAAAAACACCAAAGAAGCAACAAUGUCUUCCUCUCGAUUCGAUUCAAGCAAACAAUACACGACGACGAGUCUCGUAAUCGGGUACGCACUCUGCUCCAGCCUCCUCGCCGUCAUCAACAAAUUCGCAAUCACAUACUUCAACUACCCUGGUCUUCUCACCGCACUCCAGUACCUUACCUGCACCGUCGCCGUCUGGCUUCUCGGCAAAUUAGGGUUUCUCCAUCACGAUCCUUUCACCUGGGAGACUGCUAAGAAGUUUCUCCCUGCUGCUAUCGUCUUCUACCUCGCCAUCUUCACAAACACCAACCUCCUCCGUCACGCUAAUGUCGACACCUUCAUUGUCUUCCGAUCUCUCACGCCUCUCUUAGUCGCCAUCGCCGACACUGUGUUUCGUGGUCAGCCUUUGCCUUCAAGGCUUACGUUCUUGUCUCUCAUCGUCAUCCUCGCUGGUGCUGUUGGGUAUGUUGCAACUGACUCGGCUUUUACUCUUACUGCCUAUUCAUGGGCUUUGGCUUAUCUUGUUACCAUUACUACUGAAAUGGUUUACAUUAAGCAUAUGGUGUCGCAUCUAGGAUUGAACAUUUGGGGAUACGUUCUCUAUAAUAAUCUCUUGUCGUUGAUGAUUGCUCCGAUCUUCUGGUUUCUCACUGGAGAACACACCGAGGUUUUCGCGGCCGUGAAUGAGAACAGGGGGAAUUUGUUUGAGCCUGUUGCGUUUUCCGCUGUGGCCUUGUCGUGUGUGUUUGGUUUCCUUAUUAGCUACUUUGGAUUUGCUGCUAGGAAUGCUAUCUCUGCCACUGCUUUUACAGUGACUGGUGUUGUUAACAAGUUCUUGACUGUUGUGAUCAAUGUUCUGAUUUGGGAUAAGCACGCCACUCCAGUUGGUUUGGUUUGUCUCCUUUUCACUAUCUGUGGAGGUGUUGGUUAUCAGCAGUCUGUCGCUUUGGAUAAACCCUUGUUGGACAGCGAGAAGGACAACAAGAAGGAUAGCGAGAAAGGCGAGGAGGAUGAAGAGUUGACGCCAUUGAAUCAGGGGAAACUAGCUUCUGUUGUAUAAGAGAGGUUUCAUUUGUUUUGCACCCUUUGCCAGGUGUGUAGCAAUUGAUUUCGGAAUCUGAAAUUCUUAGCAUUUUUACAUUUACAGAGGUUUCUAGUAAACUGGUUUCUGGCCUCUAUAGUAUUAAAUUUUGUAAACCCUGUUUCCCCCUUAUCUUCUUAUCCAUUUAUACAAAAUCAGUUUCUCUUCUC